AUGGUGGCCCCUUCCUGCCUUUCAUGGCCUCGCUUGGGCCACGACAUAGCUCAUAUGAUGCAGAGCUGCCAAGUAUGCCAGGAACAUCAGCGGGAAUCCUGUCUGGUGGAGAUCACCCCUUGGCCAUUCCCACAGAGGUCCUGGUCUGGCCUUCAUGUGGAUUUCGGGGGCCCCUUCAAAUGCCACUACUUCCUGGUGGCGGUAGACGCGUUUCCAAAGUUAGUGGAAGCGCUACCUGUCACCACUUUGUCAGCAGACUUGACCAUUGCAGCACUGGGGCAGGUCGUCGCCGCCCAGGGGUUGCCGGAUAUCAUAGUCUCCGACAAUGGGCCUGCUUUUGCCAGCACAGAGUAUCUCGCCAGGCUGAUGAAAAACAGAAUCAGACGAAUGGUGGUUCCGCCGUGCCACCCUGCUUCUAACGUUGCAGCCGAGUGGGUAGUGGAGACCAUUAAGGACAAACUUAAGAAGAGUCAGGCUGGGGACUUCCGUGCGCAGGUCGCCCGCAUGCUAUUCCAGUACCGGAACACAGCCCAUUAUAUCACCGGCCGUUCCCCUGUGAGCUCCUGCUGGGCCGGAUGGUAA